AAAGCAACACCCAAUUCCAUUUGGUCCUCCACCUCUUUUCUUCCUUGAAAACCUUACCACCCUUUAUUUCCCCACCAUGGCCAAAGCCAUCCCAAACGUCACCUCCACCAGCUUCACCAUCUUCUUCUUCUCCCUCCUCAUAGCGACAAAAGCUCAAGAACUCUCAAGAAACCUCUCCCAGAAAAAACUAGGGCUCAAAAAAGAAAAGCUCAGCCACCUCCACUUCUACUUCCACGACAUCGUCUCCGGCAAAAACGCAACCGCAAUCCGAGUUGCAGAGGCUCCUAUGACAAACAAAUCCCCAACCUUUUUCGGAGCCGUGGUCAUGAUGGACGACCCGUUGACAAUAAAGCCUGAACUGAGCUCCAAACAAGUGGGAAGAGCACAGGGAAUCUAUGCCUCUGCAUCACUGAAUGAGUUAGGUUUCUUGAUGGUUCUUAACUUUGCUUUCACAGAAGGGAAGUACAAUGGAAGCAAUCUUAGUAUUUUGGGUCGAAACACUGUGCUUUCGACGGUGAGAGAGUUGCCGGUGGUCGGAGGGAGUGGACUUUUCAGAUUUGCAAGAGGGUAUGCUCAUGCCGAGACUCACUCGGUUAACUUAUCAAUAACAGAAACAGAGUUGGAAUAA